GUAAAUGGGUUGGGUGAUCAUAUGUUGAUAUAAUCUUCCUGGUUAGUAAUGGCAAGUAACUGGAGAGUUUGUGGAGUUUGUGAACUACGCAAUAUCAGUAAACAGUCAGUCAUCUGGUGUUCAGAUUGUGAGGAGGGUCUAUGUGAUGACUGUAAUGACCAUCAUAGUUUAUCCAAAGGAUCACGUAAUCAUGAAACCGUGACGAUAGCUGAGUACCAGAAGUUACCAAGUAACAUUAUCCAAAUGGCACAGUCCUGCAGAAAACAUGAUCAAAAGUAUCAAAUAUUUUGUAAGAAGCACGAUUGUCCAUGCUGUAAACGGUGCGUAGUCGAGAAUCAUAAUAAAUGUGAAGAUUUAAAAGAUAUAGAUGAUGUGAUAUCCGGUAUUAAGUCUUCAAAUGCAUUCCAAGAUAUCGAGAAGACUCUGAACGAAGUUAAAGAUCAUAUCCAAAGAAUUCGAAAAGACCGUGAAGAAAAUUUAGCGUCUUUGAAAGAACAAAAGAAGAACAUUGAAAUGGAGAUUCAAAAAGCUAAAACUUCAAUCAAUAAUCAUCUAGACAAACUACUUCAGGCAGUACUGAGAAAUCUUGAUGCAACAGAGGAGACAGAGAAUAAGAAGAUUCUUCAGUUACUGAGCGAAGUGGAGAGGAAGGAAAAAGAGAUUGAAAAAUUCCAGGCUGGGUUAGCGAACAUUAAGCAGUAUGCUUCCGAACUGCAAACAUUCCUCGCAGCAAAAGAAAUGGAACGUGAUUUAGCAAAGAAAGAAAAUUUUGUACAGUCAAUAAUUAAAAGCGGAACAUUAAAUCAUUCACAAAUAUCUUGGAAAAUUGAAACGAUUUUACAGAAUAUUGCGAUUGAUAUAGAAUCCUUUGGAGAGAUAAUUGUUGUUAAUGAGCCGAACAAACUUAUGAUAAAUAGGCAGAAGGAUCAACAGGCUCAACAGAUGAUUGCUGCCCCAGUACCAAAGUCCAUUGAUAACCUGACACUGGCGUUACGAAAGAUCGUCAACACUAAUGCAGAUGACGUUAGAGGAUGUACAAUACUGCCUAAUGGAAGGAUGAUGUUUACUUGUUACAUUCAACAUAAAGUCAUAGCUAUUAACCGCGAUGGUACAAAGGACUUUGAAAUUAAAAAAGGUCUCAGCUUUGAUAUCUUAUAUAAAGGUAAUAAUAUGAUCGUUGUUACUUCUGGUUGUUAUCCAAAGUCUCAGUAUAUCAACUUCAUUGACAUCGAGACAAGACAAGUUACUAACAAGCUUAAUGUUGGUUCAUCAAAUACGGGCAUGGUCCUUAAAAAUGAAGGGACGUUGAUUUACUGUACAAGAACUUCUGGUUUGAGGACAGUCGAUUUAAGCAACGAAUCGAAAGGCUCUAUUGGAUCCGGGCUUCUUGGACAAAGUUUGUUUUCAUAUGUCACAGUUUUUAAUAACAACAUUAUAUAUACAAACGAUAACCUUGAUACGGUGACGUGCUGUGAUUUCCAAGGUAAGAUACAAUGGGAAUUCAGAGAAAGAGGCGUUUUAAGAAACCCAGACGGUAUAUCAGUAGACAAAGAUGGAAAUGUUUAUGUUGUGGGGACCGGUUCCAACAAUGUUGUGGUUGUUUCUAAUGAUGGAAAACGUCAUAGAGAAAUUCUGUCCUCCACCGAAGGUCUUGAAAAACCACAGGCAUUGCAUUAUUACCAGUCAACGAACUCACUCCUGGUUGCAAACCAACAGGCCAGAGCAUUUUUGUUUGAUGUAAAGUAGCUUAAAUAAGUAGAUCAUAUUUAGAUAAAAUUUGUACUGAAAUUAUCAAAAUAACUUUAUUGAUCUGUUUAUCAUUUUUUAUUAUCAAUUUGACUGUAAAACAAAUAUUUGAAGCCACGUCUUUAUACAUAUAUGUCUGAGUAACAAAUAUGGACACAAAAGAAAUAAUAAAAUACCAUUUAAAAAGAUUCAUGUGAAAUGUAUA